AUGGGCAACAAGGAUGAAGCGACCAACAGCACGGGGGAGGAGGACCAUGGCAAUACGGUCAAAACCUCCGAGCAGUCGUCCAAACAGCGAAGGGCCGACUUUAUCCGUCAGGCAUCGCAGCCGCUCGUGAAGCGUACGAGAUCCAACACCAGGAGCAAAUCCUCGUCGUCUCCACCCAAGACCAGAGAGCCGUCUUCUCACGACAUCCACGAGACGGAAGAGGAACAUCAGCCUGAUGUCAUUGCUGAGCAGGAGGAAGACGACCAAGGCCCAGCCCUGCAUUGGCGAUGGGUGCGCACCACCGAGUCGGGCAAGGGCUGGGAGUCCUUUUCAGUCAGAGACAGUCGAUGUCUCGAGUCCGCCUGGAAGUCGUGGACCCAGCAGCAGGGCGGCUCGCUCGAGAUUCCCGAACUGCCCGAGAACGACGGCAAGGUCCAGGCGGGAGAGUUCCCGGACUCCAAGCAAGAUUGGCAGGCCCCAGACCCAGACGCGGACCCCUCACCUUCCAAGGUCGCCGUCGCACAAGACCGACUCUACGAUGCCGACAUUGCCGGCUUUUCGAUGAGCCCUGUCUUCUGGAGAGGCCCCAAGCUGCGCAUCAUGCGCGCAAGCUGGUUCUUUGAAUCGAGCAAGCUCACUCCCUGCUCCACUGCGCUGGCCGCCGAGCUCGAGUCGCACUUUCAGACGCUGCGCCCGUGGUUCUCGUCGUACACCGACGAGCUCAAGUCGUCCGUCUCUCUCGGCAGCGAGGCCGAAGCCAAGCUCAAGUGCAACCUCAAGACGCUCAAGAACAGCUACGUCAUCUUCCAGGGUCCGCGCCUCGCUCGUCUCUACAGCGAAGGCUUCUCCAACCGUCUGUCCAAGCAGUUCUUCACCGCCUGGAGCGGAGAGCACAGUGGAGGUCAGCUUCUUAUUCGUGGCUAUCAGACACUUGUGCAGCUUAACGAAGCCAAGCGAGGCGGCUUUACCACCAAAAGGACCGCGCGACGUCCCAAGUCGCAGUCGAAUGCGUCGGAAAAACGUGCUUCCGUCCCUAGAGUUUCCGGAGAGGGUACGCAGGAUCUCAAGAGGCGCUUGGAAGAGGCGUUGAACGACGAGCAUUCCGACGCCGUCGUUGUCGACGAUGUAGCUACGAUGGAUAUGGACCUUUCAGAACACAGCUCGGUCAAGCAGGACUCGCCCGCGCAGGGGCCUCGUUCCCUGCCAACAAGCGCUUCACAGGCAUCGUUGAAUGUGGACAGGACGCACAUUGAAGCAACGCCGUCCAGGAUCGGUGCCAAGGCCGCCUUGCGCAACAUCUCCAUCAUGGCGGCUGGAGGCGUGGCGUCCACCUCGGCACCCGCCAACGAGCUUCUUCGAUCCGUUGCGUCCAGACUCGGCGUCUGGAACGGCACAGCUCAAGCCUCCUCGUCCGGAGAGCAAGAAAGCGACACCGACUCGCAUCGAGAGGCCGAGGGCACGCUCACGCCGGCGCAACAGGACGACAUCAGCGAGUCGUUCAAGGAAGCGCAGCGCAGGAUUCAAGACGAUCUGCCCGCUCCGGGCACAAAGCCAGCCGAGGCUGCUGCGGCCGAGCUGGAAAAGCAGGAUCAGGAUACCACCCAGGAUCCGGAAGAAGGCGAGUGGGACGAUCCCGACGCCUUUGACGACGAGGAAGAGCGGCGCGAGGCUCGCGCUGGCAGCGGACGUCCUCCCGAGCUGCUGCUUGCCAUCCAUGGCAUCGGCCAGAGACUCGCGGGCGAGUGGAAGAGCUUUGACUUUACGCUGGCCAUCAAUACCUUUCGUGCGCUGCUGCAGUCUCGCAUCGACACCAACAAGCCUCCGAGCGACAUUGGCGGUCGAGGUCUGGGUGGUCUGGCGGCGCAGCGUCACGUGCAGAUCCUGCCGGUGCACUGGCAGACGGGAUUCCACCAGAUGGAGGACGACGAAAAGUGGGCGGACCACGACUCGGACACCGAGGAUCCGGACUCGAUGAUGUACGACAACGGACUCGAGCUCGAGAUGGACCACAUCUUUGGCGAUGAUGGCAUCCCCAUCGUACGCACGUUGGUCAAGGACGUUUUGAUGGACAUCCCCAUGUAUCUCUCGCAGCACAAGAGUCACGUUAUUCGGUCGGCCAUGUUGCAGGCCAAUCGACAGUAUCGUCUAUUCGCCAAGCGCAAUCCGGACUUCGAGGCCAAGCAGGGACGCGUGCACAUUGUCGCGCACAGUCUCGGCACUGUCAUCUCGUCGGAUCUGCUUUCGCAGCAACCUGAUCGUGUGCCCCUGACCAAGGACCUGAGUGCACAAGAGCUGCACGAAGCCACCCAGCGACACUUGCUGUUCAACACGCACAGCUUCUUUGCAGUCGGCGCACCCGUGGCGCUGUUUUUCGUGCUGCAUCGUGCGCAGCUGAUCGCGCGAAGCAAACGCGUACGUUCGAGCCGGUUCGUGCAGGACCAGCCGGGCGUAACGAUGGAUCGCGAGGGUAAAUAUGGCUGCCUUGCCAUCACCAAUUUCUACAACAUCUGGAACCAGUUUGACCCCGUCGCCACGCGAGCCAGCCCCUGCGUCGAUGUGGAGUACGCCAAACUGCUCAAGCCGGUGCCGCUGAGCAAGGUGGUGCGCAGCGUUCUGCGGGCCGAUCCGGAAGCCGACAAUCACGACAUCGCCGAGGAUGGCGGAUCGCAGUCGUUUGGCUAUGGCAGCAACAACGAGUCGGACGCAGGUGUUGCCAAGCGAAAAGCGGCGGCGGCCAAGCGAACCAAGGGCUUCUUCGGGUCGUGGAGUCGCAAAGCGGGUGGAGCUGCAUCGUCGUCGCUGGGACAGGCGCGGGCAGCCGCCGCUGCGCGAGGAAAGUCCAAGGCGUCGGCGGCAGAAGGAGGAGACGACGAUCAGACGGAAGAUGAAGGUGCGCCACGAUCCAGCCUGGAUGUCUCGGAGACCGAGGGGGACAAGGAGGCUCGGGACAAGGUGGAGAAUCUGCGCAGCAAGAUCGCCGCCAAGGCGCUCGAAGAAGAGGCGCGCAGGGAGGAGCGAGAGCGCAAGGCGAGCCAAGAGAGGAGCAAGGGCAUCAGCGACAAGCGACGUGCGCGGGCCGAGGCGAGGCUGCGAGCGCUCAACCCGCUGCAUCGCAUCGACUUCUACAUGCCUGUGGAAGGAUACAGCCUGCUGAGCUCGAUCAACCAGUACGCCGAGCUCAUGACCGCCCACAUGAGCUACUGGACCAAGACCGACUUUGCCGACUUCCUCAUCACGCAGCUCAUGGCCGACGACGAACGGCUCGAACGCAGUCUGGAUUACAAGGACGUCGAGGGCUGGGAGUAG